CCUUUUUUUCCUUUGAGAAUAGUGCAAAAACAAUAUCUAUAAAUACAAACAAGACCACAAGUUGAGCGUGUUUGGUGACGAUGAUGAAUAUGGCAGUGGCAUCUUUUGGCUUAACAAACCUCUCUCUUAUUCCUCCUACUUCUGCUUCGACUUCCUAUCCCUUUCAAAGGUCCACACAAGAAAGGAGGGUUUUCUGUGGCGCUUUGAAGACUAGGUUUGGUUCUUCCAAGGGUGUCUUAGAGCGACCCGCUUUUGAUCAGUCUCAGUUUGACCCAUUUACACAAGUGUUAGAAGGAGGAGAUAUUGGGCAGCUAAAGGACAAGAAAGGCAUUGGUAAUGGAGAUAGUUACAGAGUUGUGCUAAUUGAUGAUUUUCGCCAUUCUGAUAAGUUAGUUGCAAAGGUCUUGCCCCAAGUGGUUCGAUCUAUUACACCUGAUGAUGCUAGAAGACUGUUUCAUGAAUCGAGGGAAAGUGGCUCAGCGGUUGUUAUUGUUGCCGUCAAGGAGCAUGCAGAAUUUUAUGCCCAAAUGAUGGUACGUGGGGGAUUACGAUCGUCAAUAGAGCCGGAUUCAACUAGUUUAUGAGGCCUUGGACCAUGGACUGAAAUUUUGAAGUGAAGUAAUUUUUGAUAGCAUGAGAGGAAUUGUAGCUCUAGUAUGCAAAGCCCUCUUGUGUAUGUUCACUUCAUCAUCAACAAAUUCAACAACCGGUGGUUUCCCAAAUUUGUCAAUAUAAAAUUAA